AUGAGAAAAGCGAACAGCUCCCCUAGUGCAUCAGUCAAAGGAAAAGAAAAGGUAAUUGAUGAAUCUGAAAAAGGGAAAGAUAAUGAGAAAUAUCUAAAGGCAAAGGCUUUAGUUAGGGAAUUCUAUGGGUCUAUCAAGGUAGAAAAUGAAGAUGCAUUUACAGUAAAAUUGAAGGGAAAAACCUAUAGAAUUUCUAAAAAUGACUUAGCUAUGGCUUAUGGGAUACUAGACGAGGGAACCUUAGAGGGUAGAAGUAGCAAGUGGAUGACUACUGUCACCAAAGAGAAAGGCUUACCAUAUGAUAUGGUUUUCACUACUCUCUUUGAAUAUUUGGAUAUUGAUUUGAAGGAAGAAUAUGAGAUAAAGCUAAAGAAAUCUCAUUGCAUCAAUCACAGGUUUCUUCAAUAUUCUAUGCAAAGAGGUAAAAACAAUGAGGAAGUAGAGAUAGAAAAAGAGAAAGAAAGACAAGAGGGAGAUAAAAUUGAGGAAUUUGAAUUUGAUAAUGAGAAGGAUAGUAGUGAAGAAAGUGAGAAAAGUGAAAGCAAUGAGGAGGAGAGUGAAAAAGAAGAAAGUAGUGAGAAUGAAGAAGAAAAUAGGAAUUUCUCUAGGUGGGAGGACUAUCCUAGUGAGAAAAGCCAUAAAGAGGGUAUGCAAAGUGAAGAAGAGGUUGAUCUAGAUGGAUUGAUGAGAGAGAUCCAGCAAGAGGAUAAGAAAACUGAUGGGAGAAAUAAGCUUAUUCAAGCUCUUAAUAAUGUGGCUAAUCAGAUAUCUAGUGCAGCAAAAAUUUUUGCUAAGGCAGUCAGUGAGCUAAAAUCUCUACGAUAG